AUCAGAUAAACUUGAUCGCGUUCUUCAUCUUGGUUCGAUUUGAAGACAAAAAUACUUUUUCUUUAAAAAAAAAUAAUUGCUGCAAAAUUGAAAAAUGUCAAAAUCUUGCAAAGGUUUGGCCAUGGAACAGAUAAAGUGUCUAAGUGAAUCAGAUUGUGUUAAGGGGUUGAGAAGUUCAUUCAGGGAAUGCGCUGGAGAAAAUAACCCUUCUAUACCAAGCGAAUGUGUUGGACUCAGAGAAACUUAUUUCAAUUGCAAAAGAGGACUGGUUGACAUGAGAGCUGGGAUCCGUGGAAACAAGGGCUACUAAGUGAAUGGGGGAUCAUCAAAUUCGCGACCGCAUCUGCCAUAUCACUUUAUGAUAACGACAAA